GGACAGUGCGCGUACGUGCUCUAAGCGGUGGCUUCGCCCUAUGCGUAAUAUAAAUGAAUGGUUUAUUUGUUUGUAGAUUUUAAUAUAAGGUUGGAUAAUUUAGUGCGAAAUGGAUGUGCAGAGUGUCGUUAGUGGCCUGGGGCAUGUCCGGAAAAUGAUCCGUUGGCGAAAAAGGCGAGAUUAACCUCAUUUAGGAAAUAGCAUAGGUGCAUAGAAGUGCAGCAUGGUGAACAGCGCGACGAUCGACGCAAGCGCUUCUUCAGUCGGAAAAGAGGAUCGAAAUGCCACGAAAAUUUGCGCCCACCAAAAUCAAAAUGCACCGGCGGAGAUCCCGACGCGAUGUCGGUCCUCUCCUCGCCAAAAGAACGACCCAUCGGACGCGGUGAAAUCCGAAGAGAGCAAAAACUCGGAGGACGACAACACGCUCUGUUGCAGCGUGCCGUUAGAUAAGGUCCAAGGCGUUUUGAUCACCAUUAAUCACCCUAAAUGCGAUGAGCCUAAAUCCACGCGUAAAUUGCUUUGCUUGUACUGCGAGAGAUCCUUCGCCGGCUCGAACUUGCGAUCGAAGCACGUCGAACGCGUCCAUUCCGUUAAAAAGAACAGGCGGUUGAGUUCGAGGAAACAGCAACUCAACGUCACGCCGUGCAUUUACUGCGAGAAAAUAACCAGCGGCGAGAACACGUUGAAAGAGCUCUUCCACCACCUCGUCACCGAGCACUCCGACAGGUAUUUCGGGUGUCUCUGUUGCGAAGAGCGAUUCCUCACCAACGCGCUGCUCAGCGAUCACAUAGCGGUGUUGCAUCCCACCGUCGAGCUGUCGAAGACCAUCGUCGAAGCGGCGCAGCUGGAAGAUUUCGGCGUGAAGGUGACGCGCAGCCGGAUGAAGCCUCCGAAGGAGAAUCCGCCGGCGACGAGCAGAAAGGCCAAGCUGAAGGAUCUGCGCAACAAGAAGCUCACCGUGAAGAGUUCCCGAAUAGCGUUGAACAGGAGAGAAUCGAAAAGACUACAAGCUUUAGCGAAACUAAGCGACACUCAGAAGAAGAAGAAGCGACAGAAGCCAGCGGAGCGCAAGCAGAACAACGCGAACAAAUCGGAAACGAUGAAACUGAACAAGCCCGCUUCCAUUUGCGUGAAUCCCUAUCCCGAAUUCGACAGUUUCUUUCGCGUCAAGAAAAUCACCGAUCAUUCCAUAGACAACCUGAAGAUCAGCUCGCUGACGUUCGACGACGUCUUCGACAAGGCCUUCUUCAAUCGAAUCAAGUGCAAUAUAGAGGAGAACUUGCUGCAUCACAUCGAUGGGAAGCUGUUCGAAAACGAAGAGUCCGAAAGUCGAAUUUCCAAUUUCGAGAAAAUCUCCACCGCGCAGCCCGAAAUUCAAAAUGCCGCCUCCGAUAAUUUCGGCUGCGAAUUGUCGCUGAACGCCGUCGCCCCCAUAGCAGCUCUCUCGUUGAACUCGCAGUUCGGAGAGGAUUUCGAAUCUCAAAUCGAAUACGGUUCGAAGCCCUCGAAGAAGAAGACUCAAACUAAAAAGGACGAGGUGCAUUAUAAGUAUUUCACUAGACGCAAAUUUCAGGCCAGUAUUUUAGAACACAAGGAAAACCGCGAUCUCAGCAAACUCGACAUUUGGACUCAACUUGUGAUCAAGAAACGCCAGCAGAAGAUCAUCGAUGACAAGAAAACCGCCAAAGAAAUUCUCGAGUACACUGCCUGCGAUGAGUAUAAAAAUAAAAUGAAGAAGGAGGAAUUAAACAGAAUAUUAGAUAGAAGGGGGCCAUUCGAAGAUUUACGGGAGGAGGCUAACAAGAAAGCCGCGUUAGAUAAACUAAACUCUGUAUCAGAGGAUAGUAUUAGUCAAGAGAGCUUCUCCGAAGUCAGGGAAGUUCUCAAUGGAAUUUUAAACAGAGUUUUCGCUGUCACCGAACAACCUGCGGAAGCUUUUAAGCAGGCGACAAGCGCUCAGACUAGUUCGAAAUCAGAUCUCAGGGAAAUUCCCAGUUUUUUAAAUCUCAGAAGAGCGUCUUCUCUUCACUUUGACGACGAAAUUGAUCGAUCCGAUGCUAUUACCUUGAUUUGUUCGUCGCAAGAUACCGAAAAUUUCGAGCAUCCUAGUAACACGACUCGAGGCAAGAACGAACUUGCCGAAUUGUCUGGCGAAUGGGCCCGCUGUCGAAUGUACAUUUGCGCCGCUUGCGGUGCGAAACUACCAAAUAUGAAAUACCUCCUGGACCACAAAACCAUCUACCACCAGAACGUUUGGGUGCAGCAUUACGAAUUUGUCGGAAACCAAAGUGAAUUGUACAGGCAUUUGAGCAUACCGACCCUUGGCAAAGUCGGGUUUAUCGAGGACACUACCACGUGCAAAUUGUGGAGGCGCAGCGACGCCAGGACCUGCUCCAAAUGCUCGAAAAACUGCAACACUUUAGGCGAAUUGCACCGGCAUAUCUUAGAGUGCGGCGGCGAUUGGACUUGGAUGUUGGUUAGGAAAAAGUGCAAAUACAGAUACGGUGCUAAAUCUAGGAAAAAACGAAGAGGUACAGUAGUGAAAGUUCAUACGAAAAGAAAGACUGAUGAUUCAACGGAGAAGAAAAAGUGCACAUAUAACGGCCCUCGGCAACGGCCUAGUGACGCUGAAACGAUUCAAAGGAUGUUGGCGAAUUUACCCGCGAAACGUUCCACUCGGAAGUUGAUUUCGCUGUACGACGGGGUCAGACGAAGGCAGACGACGAAAUUAGACAACGUUAAACAGAAAAAAGUUAAAUGCGGUAAAGUUAUAUACGAUAAGUGCAGUAACAUUAAAGAGACGACCGAGAAAACGAUAAAUGCCGCGAUGCCUCGAGCGAAAUCUAAAAUGAACAACAAAUCAUCCAACGCCAGAUCGAUGAGGAGCUUAAACAGAGUGUUAUCGAGCCGAAUUUUGGACACUUCUGCCAAUCUAAACGUUAAAAGAAAGCUAAAAGCGUUGAAUGACAGACGGAAAACCAGAAAUUCGUUGAUGAUGGAAAAAGAAGGCGAGAAUGAUGCUGGCAUCAAAACGAAAGAGGCCAAUGAUUUGAACUCGAAUUCCUCUGCGCCCAAAAGGACAUCACCUAGAAGUACAAAACUCGUUAGGACUUUAAAACAUUUUACUGGAAACUCGAACAUUAAAUCGUACUUUCCCGUUAAGAAGCGAAAAUUGAAAGCAGCGGAGAACACCGACAUACAAACGCGAAGUAGAAAAAAAUCAAUUGAAGUAGGAUUCGAAUCGAAGAAUGAAAAAAUUACCAAUAAAAAGAACUCGAAGAAAGAAAAACCAACUCAAGUCGAAGACGACCCCAAGAAAGUGUCUAGCGAAGAAGACCAGGACUUGAGCAACAGGAAGAGAAAACUCAAGCAGAGUUUCAGGAAUGUCAUAAACAGAGUAAAAAGACUGAAAAUCGACGCAGCUCCCAAGCCUGAACCUGUACAAACUCAACUAACAGAAAAACCGCAAACCGCCACCAAGAAUCCUUUUUUAGACGAAAGAAAAGAAAAAGAAGUGUCAGUGAAGAUCGUCAUACCUUCCAAUAUGGAAGCAAAAGAAAACAUAGCUGACAUAUCAGAAACUGCCCAUACUGUGAUACCUUUUAACGGAAGCAACGAAGAUUCUCCAGUCCCCGAAAAUAUCUUCAAAUUAGAUCCGAGUAACGAGAAGAACUUGCAAGCCAAGGGCGUCGAGAGUCACCAAGACAAAACUGUUAUUGAAGAAAACGACAAAUUGGAAUCUACUUCACUAGAAACGUCCGCUAAACCAACCAAUUCUACGAACGCAGCUAAUGGUAAAGGCAAAAUUAGAAAACCCGCUAGAGGCUUAAACGACUGCAUAGCCAUGCUGACCUCGAAGCUACAACAAAAAACCAGCGUAGUGGAAGAAGUGGUCGCCAAACCGAGCAGUUCGAGUCCGAAAAUAGUGACGAAUCCAACGCCCCAAGUCGCAGAGUGCAUUUUAAAAAUUCCUUCUUUCAAAACUCAAAGCGAAUCCUUAGACGUGGCGCUAGACUUGAGCACUAAAUCCAGAACCAAACAGCAUCAAGAAUUUAACGAAGCUCUCCCUAAUAAAAAAGCCUUCACCAGGCCUGUCGUGGACUUUAGAUCGGUAGAAAGUAUCAUCGAUAACAAACAAAAAUUCGAUUCGAUUUGUUCGAUCGAUCGAACCAUCCAAAACGUCAUAGAUAGUCAUUCGAUGCAACAAAAAGCCCCGCAUAGAACAACAGUAGAUGAUAUCAUCGAUUACGUCAUUAACAUUAACGGUUCGCUGAUAGAUAACAAUAAUUUAAAUCGGUUCGAAGAGAUGGAGAAACUUCCCUUGCCUAAAUUAACUGAAGACACUUCGAAGGCUCCAGCAAUUGAAAGAUUAUUCGAAGCAACGAAGAAAUUCAUUCUGAUGAGUAAGCCUAAAAAGAAAAUUGAAACUGAUGAAAUCCAAGUGCCAACUAGUCAAUGUUACGAUGUCGAGGAAGAAUUUAAGCCGCGUAAUGUAGAAAAUAAGACUGUGCUUCCUCUGCCCGAUCUAGUCAAAAGUGCUGAAAUUAAUCAAAAUAAACACGAAAAGUCCGUUUUAAAUCUUCGAAACUUCAGGAAACAAAAUAGUAAACUCAAAACCACGCCGUUUCAAAACCAAUUCGAUUUUAUAAGUAUUGAAGAAGAUACAAACAAAGUGAAUGAAUCUAAAACUAACGAAGUUUGUUCAGUAAACACUGUUGAAACUGGUGAAAUAAAGGAAGAAAAUACGCUAAGCAGUGCUCAUAUUUCGAAUGAAGAAGGUGAAACAGCUUCAAACAAAACCAACAAGAAGAAGAAAAAGAAAAUGAGGAAAUUCCGAUUCACUAAAGCUAAAUCGAAAAAAUUAACGAAAACGCUAACAGAAAAUCAAGAAAUACCCGAAAAUUGCGGAACAUUAAUACUUGAAAAAGACACUCCAACAGAAGAUCCCGUUGAAGAUAAAUUAACAGUUCAAGAACCAGCAGAAACGAGUUGUGAAGUAUCCAAAUUAAAACCAGCGAGUACUUUAAUUAAACCAGCUGUACUUUCGAUAAUCAGCAUUCUGAAUCAAGAAGGAACGAAACAGAACCAAGACCAAACUAUCGAAUCGAAUGAAAAUACUGAAAUAAAAGAACCCGAGGAAUUCAAAAUCGACGACAAACUCUCUAAGCUGAAAAUUAAAAAGAAAGUUACCAAAUCGAAAAAGAAAAAGUUCGAAUUCAUCCCAUUAACCAAUAAGAUUUCCCCCAUUUCUGAAAUCAAUACUUGCAUUGAAGAAACCGAUAAUAAAGAUAUUGAUGAUAAAAUAUCUACCAAACUUACAGAUCAUAUUAAAGUGAAAAAGUCUAUAAAAAAUACAAAUAAACGUAAAUCUAAUGAAACAACGAUUGAUCAACAAUCGCCUAAUUUACAAGAUGAUUCAAACUUCGCUAAACAUCCUAUGGAAGCCUCAAAUAUUAACGAGGAAAACGAUUGUAAAAAUUCAGAAGCUACCACCAAAAUCGAUGAAGCAAGUACAGAUAUUUCAACUCUUGAUACUUCUAGCAAAGAGUCGUCAAUUGAAAUGCCUAAUAAACAAUUAAACACUCUUGAAACAUCAAAAAUAUUAACGAGACGUGCGAAAUCCGAAGCUGAAAGACCCAAAUCUGCCUUACCCGCCGCAAAAUCUAAAAAUAAAACCCAAACCUUUAAACAGUUGUCGAAAUCAACAUCAUUAGAACAAUUACCUGUAAGUUCUUUAAACGAAUCUGCGACUAGAGAAGUAGAAGAAUCCACAUCAUCUCCUGCAGGCGAUGAUGAUUUGCUUUCUCAAGAAAACAAGAUACGAGAAGCGAUUAGGAAAUCAAAUAAUUCAGUUACAUCACAGCAAGAAGAUUCUUCUACGGGUUACUCCGAAGAGAAUUCCAAUGAAAAUACAAACAAACCGAGAACGCGAAGUUCUAAUGCAGCUAUCCGGGAAAUUACAGAAAGGCCUUGUAGCGAACCUGAAGAUAUAAAUAGUACUAAAAACGUUCAGGAAGAUCGUGAGAAUAGCGUCACUUUGGUAGCUUCAGAGGGUAUUCUGGGAAAACUUGACAACACGGAAAGUUUGGAAAAAAUAGGAAGUGAGGAAUUGAGUAAACAAGCAAACGAUCCUUCGGAUAUCGAAGUCUGCGAAAUAAUGGAGUUUGCUGAAUCUUCUUUCCGUGGUUUAAGCAAUCCAGAGGCUCAGAUAUCCAGAACUACAAAUUCAAUAGAAUAUAACGAUAACAGUAUUUCGGAAAUUACUGAUACAUCCAAGGAAGAUUUCAAGCAAAACAAAAAAUCUAAAUCGAAGAAUUCAAUAUCUGCAUUAAACUCGGAAGCAUCAAAUUCAUCUUCUGGAAGACUAGUAGGCACUACUACUAGUGAACCGGACUGUUUGCCAGCGAAAUCGAGAAGAAACUCCAAAAAAUCGAACAUUGUUCAAGACAACCUCGUAUCUUCGACUGAUUCCGAAACGGCCAGAAAUCAAAAUAACUCGUUGAAUCUACUCGAUGAAAAUUCCUCAAUUCUUGACGCUGAUCCAGAUUUGAUCCAGAAAUUCGAGAAAGGGCUAGCGCAAGAAGCGCAAACAUCGAAUGGUCUCAUUGAAUAUUUAGCAUCAUCUGAAACUUACAUUCCUAUAAAUCCUUCACCUCAAGAGGAACUAACUCAAAAAUCCAAUAAACGUUGUAAGAAACCGAAAUCGAAAAAAUCGGUCAAAUCAAACAUCAGUUGCAAAAAUAGAGAAGUAAUUGAAAACGAAUUUGAUAACUCGGAAACGGUUAGUUUGGAAAGUCAAAUAAAAAAUUGCUUAGAAAGUUCAUAUUUAUCAGAAGAUUCAUCUGUUAAUAUUACUGAAAUUAGUAACGAUUCGCCUGAGAAAAUCCGAACAAACAAUAAAAAACCUAAAAACAAACACACUACUAAAAGAAAAAAUAAUAAUUCGGAAAUUCAGGAAGAUUUAUUCCCAAAUAAUCAAACUGAUACAGGAUUAAUGAAUAAUGAAAACCUCUCGAAUCAAGAUAACGAAUUAAAAGAUCAAACAACAGUUCCAGAAAUUACCCUUAUAUCAAAAGAAAAUCCUGAUUUAGAAGAUUCUUAUCAAGAAAAAUCCGAAGACAGCUCAACAGAAGACAUUACAUUCAAGAUAUUAGAAGAAAAAAUAAGAAACGCCAUCCGAAAGAGCUUGUUAACCAUGGAAAGCAAUUCAAACGGGAACAAUUUAAUCGAAAACAAAUUAUCAGACGCAUUAGAACCUACUGUCGAUGUAAUAUCUCAAUACGCUGACAUAACUGAAGAAUCUAAACCAGAAAAACCCGAUUCCAUCUCAUUCACUUCAGAUAAGAGCAAAGAAAAUUCGAAGGUGCUUAAAGAAAACCUUCCCAAGAACAACGCCGAUAAAAGAAGGGUGAAAUUAAAAGCGAGAAAAGGCAAAAAACGUUUAAUAAGAGCCCGGAAAUCCGCUCACAUUCAACCCGAAGAUCCGAUACAAGACAUUUCAAGCAGCGUGCUGGCACUCGAUGACAUCGAAUCAGUGCGUAAUGAAACCAACUCGGCGAAAGAACCGCCUAUUAAGAUAGUAAUCAACAAGAACAAAGCGCGCAGAAAGUCCAAAAGCAUUAAGAAAGUAGGACUUAAAGGCCAGAAUAAUUUAUUCGAAGACUUCGCUUUAGUCAUCAAGAAGAAAAGUAGAACGCCCAUCUUAACUUUCUCCCCGCCUAACGCUUUUUUUAAAGACGACGAUUACGCAGAGGAUAAACUGGACGAUUCUAUCGAAGAAAUGGACAUGGAACUCGAGGAAAUACCGAUAAAAUCCACUAUAAUCGAAACGCCCAAAGUAGACCUACCCCUAACAGAAACACCUAAAGAUACAACAAACCCGAUCGAAGAGCGGUGUACUAAAACCAAGAAAAAAGGGAAAUCGAAGAAGCCUAGAGAAAAAUCCGAAGAACAAAUUCAAUUUCAAGACGUCACCAGCAAUUUCAAUUCCGAAUUUACAGCGAAUUUCGCUUUAAACGAAGACGAUUUCUCGAGCGACGAUUUCGACGUGGACAAUUCCUUCGAAGAUUCCAUCAUUUUCGAAGACGACGCGCCCAAACAGCCUUCCGCAGACGCGGAAACUUUAUUCAAUAGAUUGAUAGAGAAUACGGACACCGUAAAACCUCUCGUGCUGAAGAAAGCCGAUAUUUUUACCGGAAAAGAGGAUGCUCAAUCCUCGGAAAGCGAAGAUUUAGUAACCGACGACAAGCAAUCGAAUAGGGUUGGUAAAUUGCCGAAAAAAUGCAAAAACAGCAAGAAAAUUAAAGCUGCAUUCACCGAAGAAGAAAGAGAUGAUUCGAGGCUAAAGAAAUCGGCCGAUGAAUUGCGCAAGGAAGAUAUCGAUAAACUCUACGACUUCUCGGAAACCGAAGAUUUCGAAUUGGAGAAACCGAUAGAACUGCCGAAGAGGUUACCGCGAAAGUUCGACAAUUUCGAAAAACCCGCCGAAACUGCGUCGGCGCAGGAAAAGCUCGAUGAAAGCAUCGAACAAAAAUCGAUUACUCCCGUGGAAAUCGAAGAGAAGAAAGGCGUCAGGAGCGCUAAAAUGAAAGCCCUAGAAAGCAUCCACGACGAGGCCUUGUCGGAAUUAGCAGACAUCGAUUUAAUAGAACAAUGUAAUAAAAAAUCCAUCAAAAAAACGAAGAAAAUUGAAAAGAACGCAGACAAAGAAUUCGCACAGAACACGCUUGAUAGCAUCACCGAAAACAAACCAAAUAAAAUGGAAAAUAUAAUGCAAAUCACCGACACAUUCACAUUCCCCAAAGCAGUGUUCGACAGCGAGGGGCCGCUUUUACAAGACCUAGUAGCCGAGCUCGACGGUUUAGAAGAACUAGAAAACAGCAUCGAAAGAGAACUCAGCGCCGACAAAACCUCAGACAAAAAGGACGAAGAACAAGCACCCACAAACGACCUUAAAGAUCCGUCCACCGAAGAUAACCAAGAACUAAGAAGAAGCAGACGCGGGUCGCGAAAAGUAGCCUCGUACAACGAAAACGAUCUGAUAGAUCCUCUUAUAGACGCAAUGGAAACUAAAAGAACAGCCAAAAAGAAAGACGACAAGCUCACAGUGGAUGCUAAAAAGAAAAAACUAAACAGCGAGCAGCUAUUCGAUAUGCUCAAAGCUUCUUCCAACGACAACGCUCCGACGCCCAAGCAAGACCUGAACCACUUCGACAACUUCAAGUCCAUCACCGACGAAAAUUUCGACAGUAUGUUCAAAAACAUCCUAGAAAAAGGCGCGUUCUUGGUCCAAAAGAAAGACUCUCUCGACAAAUUCGAGUUCACCGAGUCCUCCGAACCAGCCGAGCCGCUCAACGACUCGAAUUUCUGCGAUAUAUGCAACAAGCGCUUCGUCAAACUGGACAACCUGAUCAAGCACAGGCGCACUCUGACCCACAUCCAGAAGCUCUCCGAAAUCGAGGCGAAGGAAGCGGAAAAAUCGAAAAUCCUCUGCGCUCGCGAAGAAGAAACCAGCAGGGAAUCCGUAAUCGAAUUGGCACCGCCCGUCCAAUCGAACCACUCGUUCAAACUAGCCGACAUAAUCAGCGACGUUAUCGGCAAGGAAGAACCCAACCAAUUCCCCGAUAUCUUAGUCCAGAACGAAACUAAGAGAUACAAGAGCCUGGGCGAGCGCAAGAGCUUCGAUUCGGAAAACGUGCAACUGGCCGAACCCACGGAAACCAUCUUAGAAAAACAAAUCAGCUUGCUGGAGAAUAUCAUCGAGAACCAGGCCACUAACAACUACAUCGACGACAUUUCCUCGGACACUCCCACCGAACCCGGCUCUCCUUCGCCUCUUCCUCCGCAACCCAAGACCAUCGCCAGCUUCGCCAAACCCACGCAGUACGAGGAAAUAUCCGAGGACAGCGCGAAUUUGCGCACCUACGACGAUCCGAAACUGAGGAAAACUCUAAACAGAGACGAGGAAUUGUUCCUGGAGUGCUGCAGUCUCCUCAAAAGCGGCUCGGAAGUGUCCAACAGCUACUCCAGCAGGAAAGUCGCCGAUGCGCCGAGGUCCAAUUGGACGGAAAAGGAGGAUUACCUGGAAAAGAUACAUUCGAACGAUUAUUCGGAUAAUUCCAGAAUCCCCACGCCAUUGGGUAAUAGUUACGAUGAUGACGCGUCUAACUCUAACACUAUUUCCUCUAAUUGGGCUGUGGAUAUUUCGACUGAUGAUGAAAAUAACUAUGAUGUUGAUAAUGCUACUCCAACUCCCAGCGGUUUCUCUUUCGAUAGCUUAGAGAAAACCGAAGAACAAGAAGAUAGCGACGUUGGAUUCAAAGGGAUUUUAUACCCUAAAAGAACCGAAUCCAGCAGCGAUGACAUCCACGACAGUUCCUCUAACAACCGAAAAAUAAUCACCAAAGGCGCGAGGAAGGUCUUCGAGGGGCUCAAAGUAUCCAUACCAACAGAAGAACUGAAUAUGGACGAAGUACUGAACAACAGUCCGAAACUGCAAAAAUCUGAUAAGUUCGACGAAGAAGAUAAAGUAAUGUGUUCCCCGACAUCGAAGAGAAAAUCGAAGCCGAUAAAGAAGGCGCAAAUCGGCAGUAACCUGCUCUUCAAGGUUAACAAAAAGAAACUCCCGUCUCCGUGUUUACAGCCCCACGAACGGGACGACAAAGGCUACGACGUGUACGAUUUCGAGGAAACUCAAGACAACACUGACGUGUAUACGAAACCGAAUUAUCGCGCUUUCAGGACGAACAAAACCGAAGAAAACGGCAACGAAAGCGAAAGCGAACCCGCCGAAACCGAACCGAUCCUUUCGAGUGCUACCAAAAAAUCCAAAGCCCAGGAAAUCAUAACCAAAAACAAGUGCAUGAUAAUGGGCAGGAUCUUCAAAAACGCCGCCAAAUCUAAAGUCGAAGACAUAGACGAGGAAAUACGCAACAUCCCCGCUAUAGAUAACGAAGAAUUAGUCGAAAACUACGUAGCCGAAUGUAACAAAGUAAUAACAGACGAAUGCAAAAGCGAACCGGACGAGAAAACCAAACAACAAGUGAAGCUACCGAAGAAGCAAGAAAAGAAGAAACUCAACAAACACAAAGGCAAAAAGCGAGUACGAACCACCUCCGAUUCCACCGACGACGAAUUCAAAUUGAACAAAACCAACAAGAGGAAAACGAACAGAAAGAACGGCAAAGAGGAGGACAAUUGCAUCAAUUUGGAGCAGGAAUUGAAAGAAUGCAUAGGGGUGGCCAGCAGGAAGAGCCAGAGGAAAUGCACCUCCGGCAAACAGAACGUUCUAGUAGAAUACUGGAGCUCCGAUGACUCCCAGUUCGAAGCCAUGCUGGAGAAACAGAUUAUAAAAGAAAUCGAAUCGCAACCGCCCGCCGAAAUUAAAAAACCGAUAAUAGAAAAAAAGAAACCGAACAAAAAGAAAACCGUAGAUAAUCAAACGGCGGAAGCGAAUAACUCUAAUAGACGUAAACGAGCAGCUGUGAAUCCUUUGUAUCAUUGGUCCAGUUCGAGCGAGGACGAGGCCAGUGAUUUGAUCGAAGUGAAACCAUUGCGGGAAGGCUUGGAAGAGGACGAAGACAGGCCUGUGCAGCACGGGUGGAUAGUAGGGGACUCUCCGAAGAAACUGGUCACGAUGCUGGCGCAGGCCAAAGGCAAGAAAGCCGAUGUAGAGAGCGUGAAGGAGCAGAGCAAAAAACGGACUAACACGGUUAGUUGACGGUAGAUGUGAUUGUAUUUUGUGCAGGACGCAAUUUUUUUUCAAUUUUAGUGCACGAUAAUUUUUAAUGUAAAUUAAUGUGCUAGGGGUUAUAAAGAGAAUUGUACAGUUUCCUUUUAGUAUUAAGACGUGGAAUUAUAUUAAGGGGCAGCUUAACAAAAUGUGUACCUCUAUAUGUCCUAUGUUAAAUGUCGUUUAAUAUGAAACUAAAAUGUUAAAUGGUGUAAUUUUUUCUUUCGAUUCGAUAUUCGAAUAGUCGUUUUGGAUUAUAUAUUUCAUAUCUUUCGCGAUUUUUAAGAAAAUUUAUAAUUGUGUUCAAUUGGUGCCAGAGAGAUUAUUGAUUCCAAUAAAAACGAUUAAUUGCUUUUCUACUUUUCAGUAUCCUAACUAGAUUUUUAUUUUAGUUUUCUUGAGAAAUACUUUUUUGUUAAUUUUGAUAUUUAUACAUAUAGAUUGUUUUAAAAUAUUGUUAAUGGGUAAUAGCUGCCAAUAUUGCCAUUUUAUAUAAAGAGAUCGAUGCA